AUGAUUUCAAGUAUACGACGAGGACUCAAGAGAUGGAAUUUAACCGAUAGAGCUGAGACACAUAUUCAUGAAUUGACCACAUUAUGUUGCACAGCCUCUUUUGAGACACUUCGUAGGCUAGCAGGUGCUCACCUCCCCCACUGUUCACCCCUCUCUAUCCAUCUAUCUAUCUUCCUUUCAUCCUUCUUCCUUUUCUUUCUUCUGAUCUAUCUAUCUAUCUAUCUAUCUUGCAUCCAUCUUAUCUAUCUAUCUAUCUAUCUAUCUAUCUAUCUAUCUAUCUAUCUUUAUCUAUCUAUCUUGCAUCCUUCCUCCUUUCCUUUUCUUCUUAUCUCUAUCUAUCUAUCUAUCUAUCUAUCUAUCUAUCAUCUUGCAUGUUUCCUCCUUUCCUUUUAUUCUUAUCUAUCUAUCUAUCUAUCUAUCUAUCUAUCUAUCUAUCUAUCUAUCUAUCUAUCUAUCUAUCUAUCUAUCUUGCAUCCUUCCUCCUUUCCUUUUCUUCUUAUCUAUCUAUCUAUCUAUCUAUCUAUCUAUCUAUCUAUCUAUCUAUCUAUCUAUCUUGCAUGUUUCCUCCUUUCCUUUUAUUCUUAUCUAUCUAUCUAUCUAUCUAUCUAUCUAUCUAUCUAUCUAUCUAUCUAUCUAUCUUGCAUCCUUCCUCCUUUUCCUUUUCUUCUUAUCUAUCUAUCUAUCUAUCUAUCUAUCUAUCUAUCUAUCUAUCUAUCUUGCAUGUUUCCUCCUUUCCUUUUAUUCUUAUCUAUCUAUCUAUCUAUCUAUCUAUCUAUCUAUCUAUCUAUCUAUGUAUCUAUCUAUCUAUCUAUCUAUCUAUCUAUCUUCUAUCUCUUCCUCCUUUCCUUUUCCUAUCUAUCUAUCUAUCUAUCUAUCUACAUCUGUUAG